CGCGCGGACUUCCGCUCCAUUGCUAGGUACAGGUUGAUAUUUUCUUCUUCUUUUCUUCCCGUCCUUCCACGGGAGCGUUCACAAUCCAGAAGCCUUCUCCGAGCAACGGGGGGCCGGUGGGCACCCGUAGUUCACCUGAUGUUUCACAGAGAAACCACAGAAAUGCACGUCACAGCAAUAAGUGACGCCACAGCUGGACUGCCACACUUGAACCCCACAGCCCGGGCAUUCAUUCAUUACCUGGCCAUUGCCCAGCCACAUACACCGUGCCUAGGAGGUGUACCCAGGAUAGGUACCUAGCUUCUAGCUCAUCAUAACACUAGAUCUCCAAGCACCUAUUCACAGCAACAUCAUCUGUGAUAUAAUAGACCCGUGCAACAUUGCGCGUGUGUCAUUCGUUGUUAAACUUGUUCCCCAGACUAGAGAAUAGUUCGCAAAGAUAACUGCGCCGACCCUAUCGAGUAUGCGACUGCACCCCUAAGUUCUAACUCAAGACCAUCAUCAGAAUCACCAUGGCCGAUACCGAGCGUACGAUCCUCGAUUUUUACCAGAUUCCUACUCUGUAUCCUACAGAAUGGCCAGCUGAGAAGGACCUGGAAGACUUGGACGAUGAUGAUGAAGGCGAGAAAAAUGCUGCUAUAAAACGAAGACAGUCCCGUUAUCAGGCGCUCGAGAGAGCCGUGAGCCAACGAAGGAGCAACAUUCCCAGAGAAGACGACCAAGGAGGUGUUGGAAACAUUGUUCAAAAAGACGAGCCGGAUCCGCUAGGGACUACCGAUAGCGUCGUCAGAACACUGAAGCAUCUUGGUCUGCCCCUCCAAGAUGACCACCGACUACGUAUGCUCCCGUGCCAUGACUGUACGAUUCACGGAUAUGAUAGAUUGACGGCGUGUGGCUAAACCAGGCAAUCGAUUCCUACUCUCCUCAACAACAUUUUCGCCAGCUCUCUUCCUCUCCCAGAUGCAUGCUACUGCCGACACUCGGAGUCUCCUUAAUGGUCUCGAUGUUCUAUCACAAUCCAUCGAUCAAAAGUCAGCGUCCCUCAAGGUCCUCGUCGAGACCAACUUCGAAAGAUUCGUCAAAGCCAAAGCAACAAUAGAUAAUGUCUAUAAGGAGAUGAAAUACCGCGGAAUGGAACCACCUGACGCCAAUAAUGCGCAUUCCAAUGCAGCCCAGCGUCGCAGUUAUCGCAAUAGUGUGGCGGGCGGUGCUGGGUUAGGAAUCAACAAUCCUCUGACAUCUCCUAAUAUUGACACGCGUAAAAAGAAUGCACUGACAAAAGAGAGCGAGUACGGCGUGCUGGGAAUAAAGGGCCCUCUACUGGAAGUUUCUGCAAAGGCUGAGGACGUAUGGGGGCCUGCUUUAGGAGGAAGAGAGAAGGAGGAAAACCUCAAAACCGUUUCAAAUCAUCUCACAAGAUUCAAGGACUACGUUGAGCUGAGCACGUCGAUAGCAGACAGCAUCAAACGCAAGGACUAUGAAUCUUUAGUCGACGAGUUCAGCAGGGCAAGGAAAAUUGCAGACGAAGCUCGACGAUUGACAGAGGAAAUAGGGGACGAGACACCAACAGAGCCCCAACUUUACCAGUUGUUGAUAGCGGGACGCAUGUGGUACGAUGUUGACCAGCAGAUACGCGCCUUCAAACGCGACAUCUGGAAGAGGCUGGUCACUCUUCACACCGCAUCCAGGAUGGAUGGCACAACUGGCCGUAUUCAAGACCAGCAUAUGGAACUCAUCGGACUGCUUCUUGAGCUUGGUGCCGAUGACAAUCCCAUCUGGGUGUGGCUCUUGAGUCGAUACGACCAUUUGAAGGGCAAAAUUCAAUUGACAGCAGACCGCUCAAAAGUUGAGAUCGAGGUGCUUCGCCGCCGGCUGGCCAGUAACGAUAAGCCGAACCCCAAUAUUAUCGCUGCGCAUCUUCGAUCCCUAGGAAGGCCGGUGAUUGAGGAUAAACCUUUGACAUUCGACUCGCCUGAAGUAAUUGAGCUCUGGGAGAAGAUGUUAUCGUUCCUCAACAGUCUCCUAUCAAGUGAAGGUAUUCUGGGUGAGGUGAUAGAGUUCUGGCAGACAGUGCAGGGGUUCAUCAAUGGGUCUGCUCAAGCCGCCCUCCCCGUUGGAUAUCGCGGCGAGUCUCGGCAUCACCAUGAACUCUCACCGCAGAGCGUUGACGAGUUACGAAAAGGAGCUGUGGAACUAGUGGACUUGCUCCGAGAACACACUUAUUCAUUCUUCGUGGAUAUGCCUCCCGAAGAUGUAUCACUGCUAUUCUCACCAAUCCCCAAUACGCCAGCCCCGACGACGCCCGGAUCCGCCGCAUUGUCGUCUCCAAGAGAUCCUCGCUUUAAUUUCGAUCCAAACAACAUGCCUCCUCCGUCGCCCAAGAGGGGUGAAGUCUGGGAAAAGUUGGCAUUCUGGCCUCCGUGGUCUAAUUCCAUCAGUGGUGUUCACUACCUGUCGAAGAUGCUGACUUUAGUUGGCGCUGGAGCUGGCGACUUAGCAUGUAUUGAGCCAAUAGAGUCCGGAGCAAGCCAGGUGAUUGAUCGCCUUAGGAGUCUUGUUGGGGGUUCCCGAGAGCGAUGCGUGACAGCUUUGUGCGCAGCCUGGAACAGAGAUGCCGAGAAUAUUAAGUAUGUUGAGGACUGGCAGCGCUCGGUUGAGAUGGGGGACGUGACACGAAUGCCAGCUAGCUUCGCUGCCUUCGAAGGAGCAGUCCUAUCAGGCAUGCAGAAAAUACUCUACAUCCCCGACGCCAUGUCCAGGUCAGGCUCGGGAGAUAUUGUCUUGCCACCUCCGACCAAGCUUCUCAUGAUGGUCCGCAGCCAGUAUGUUACCACUCUGUACAAGGCAUUGAGUGGCAUGGUCGAAAACGCCGAGCGCUCUUUGAAGAAGACGGAGGACGACUGGUUAAUCGAUAGCGAGAGAUCGCUUGCAUUGGCUGCGACGCCGAGCAUGGCAGGCAAAGGAGCAUUGGACUCAGGGGAUAGAAACAUUCGCAUGCUCAUGACCCUGAGUAACCUGUCAUCAUUGCGGUCACAAGUAGUGCCAAGUCUCAACUUGCAAUUUGAGAAUGCCUUCUCUGUCAAGUUGACUGAUGAGUCCAAAAAGAUCCGUGAAGUUCUUGGACAGAUUCACGAACGACUUUUCCAGUCCUACACGAAACAGUCAAUCGAAAGGCUUCGCGAUGUCAUUCAAUCAGGCAUCUCAGCCCCUGACUGGGCUCCUGGCCAAGGGCAGCGUACCCAGACAGCUAAACCAUAUGUGUACGAGGCGCUUCUUACUCUCGUACUUGUCCACUCUCAGGUUUCUACUACUGCGCCGGCUCUUACAGUCGAAGUCUUGUCAUUCCUCCUCGAACAGACGUCCACCCAGCUCCUAGAAGCCUUCCGACGUCGGCCGCGAUAUACUCUAGAGGCACUCAUGCAAGCAACCCUCGACGUAGAAUUCGUUGCCCAGACCCUCAGCCACUACACUUCGGAGCGUGCUUCGGAGCUUCAGAGCCAGAUCUAUCAAGAGCUUGAUGCACGUACGGACAACGAGGCCCGCGCACGUCUCCAAGGUGAACUGUCCGAAAUGCGCAACGUUCUCAAACGUCUGAGAGAAGCGAGCAAAAAUGAAUUUGCUUGCUUCAAGAAGCCAAAAAGGCCAGGCCACGGCCCCAGCAGAAAUAAUAGCGGACUGUCCGGUAUCUCAGCCUAGAAGGCUCAGGAUCCGUAUAUUUCCAGCAUAUCAAGCAACCAAGAGCUGGAGGAUGAUAGUUACACGACGGCCAUGGACUCUACGGGUUAGAGUACGCUCGGUGAAGAGGUCUGUAUAGUUCAAAAUACGUAGUACUGGAGCAUAAGCGAAGUGAAUCAUGGACAAGUUUCUUCACUUUUGCAAACCCGUCCCAUCGCUGAAAAUAUCAUCAAAGAACCUCCGAGGUAUAUUGUUUCUUGGUGUUUUUUUUCUAUACCGUGAACGCCGUAGUUGAACCACUACCCCUGGUUCUAUUUUGUUUUUGUUGACUUUUCCUGCUCCCUCUCAUAUCGUUGGGCCAAAGGCACCGUGCCUAGUCAUACAUCGGUGUAGUAUAUAUCGUGUGGUAUCAAAAUUCAUAUUCUUUUCCGUCCAGUCAUUAGCC